UUUUAUUUUUCAGGCUCUGAGCUCUUGCUGGCUGUGACAUGUCUUGGAACUACUGAAAUGUGAGUGAAGCUGUUGAAAAGUCCAGCAAUGAAGAGGGAAUUCUCCUCUCCGUUUGUCAGAAUUGCUGGGUGUGUUUAAACUGAUGUCCUCUGCUACUAAAAACUGCUUCAGCACCAUGACAACCGGAGUAGCAGAAGUCGGGGAAUUACCCUUGGAGUCUUUGGUAACUUGCAAAAUGUGCUUAUCUGAAUAUUCACUGGAUAAGAUGACUGCUCUUCAGGAUUGCAAUUGCAUCUUUUGUACCUCAUGUCUAAAACAAUACACGCAAUUGGCCAUCCGUGAGGGGUGUGGUUCUCCCAUCACUUGUCCAGACAUGGUCUGUUUAGGCCAUGGGAUGCUACAAGAAACAGAGAUAGCCAGCUUGGUGUCUGCGGACCAAUUUCAAUUGUACCAGAAGUUGAAAUUUGAAAGAGAAGUGCAUUUGGAUCCAUUGAGGACCUGGUGUCCCUCUGCUAAUUGUCAGACUGUGUGCCAAAUUGAACCAAGUGACUCUGGAUUACCAGUGUCUAUAAAAUGUCAGAAGUGUUACUUGACAUUCUGUUCAUCAUGCAAAGAGCCUUGGCAUGUGGAGGGAUCAUGCUCGGAAAGCCAUAUCAUGGGGCUUGCAAGUGAGCAAGGAACACUUAUUAAAAGCAACUCAGAAGCUCCAAUUAAGCAGUGUCCAGUUUGUCGGAUCCAUAUUGAGCGGAAUGAAGGCUGUGCUCAAAUGAUGUGUAAAAAUUGCAAGCACACAUUUUGCUGGUACUGCCUACAAAAUCUGGAUAAUGACAUCUUCUUAAGGCAUUAUGACAAAGGUCCCUGUCGAAAUAAACUAGGCCAUUCACGAGCCUCAGUUAUGUGGAACAGAACACAGGUUGUUGGCAUCCUAGUAGGCCUGGGAAUCGUCGCGUUGGUAACAUCUCCAUUACUGCUCUUAGCUUCACCAUGCAUCAUUUGUUGUGUCUGCAAAUCCUGCCAAAGCAAGAAAAAGAAACAUGGCCCACCACCAACAUAAAAAUUUCUGCCUAUUUUGGAUGUGAAUGUGUUUAUCGUCUUUGUCAGGGAGAAGACUAAUGGUUGACGUCUUUCACUGUGCUUUACCAACCAAUUCUCCUUUGUUUUGCCAACUUCUGUAAAAAGUGCCUACUGGUUCACAGGUUGCCACUUUAUUUACAAGCUGCAGUUCAGGGGGGAUGGGGGU